AAAGAAAGAGAGAAGAUUAGCUUUUAUUUUAGUGAUGACAGGCUCAUAUGUUUCUGCCUCAUAAAGUUAGAAAAUUAUAAUGAGAGAGAGAGUAGGACAUGCUUUUAAACUAAGAGUGAAAUGGGAAGAAGAAUAAGAAGAAGAGGCAUAAGUGAUUGGUGUUAUUAUCUCUCUGGUAAGAUAUGGCGUUCACAGUAGAGCAUCAUCAGAGUGGUCAGAAGUGUGAAGAAAUGGUGUUCACUGUGGAGUCACAAAAGGCAGUUCCAGCACCAUUUCUCACCAAGACAUACCAAUUGGUGGAUGACCCUCAAACAGACCACAUUGUGUCUUGGGGUGAAAAUGAGACAACCUUUGUUGUCUGGAGACCGCCUGAGUUUGCCAGAGAUCUCCUUCCUAACUACUUCAAACACAACAACUUCUCUAGCUUUGUCAGGCAGCUCAAUACCUAUGGAUUCAAGAAGGUGGUAGCAGAUAGAUGGGAGUUUGCAAAUGAAAACUUCAGGAAAGGAGCAAAGCACUUGUUAUUGGAGAUUCACAGAAGGAAAAGCCCUCAGAACCACCACCACCAUGAUUCAUCCCAUCAGUUUCUUCUCAGACCAGAAGACAGUUACUAUGGCAACUGGGUUGUUGAAUCUCCUUUGCCAUCUCCCAAAUCCGCGGCAGAGGCCGAUAUCCUGACGGCUCUCACCGAAGACAACCAGCGGCUGCGGAGGAAGAACUACAUGCUGUUAUCUGAACUGACCCACAUGAAGAACCUCUACAAUGAUAUUAUCUACUUCAUUCAAAAUCAUGUAAAACCAGUAGCAUUAAUGCCACGUGAUAAUAAUAAUAACAUAGCACCCAAGGUCAUUGAGUUGGGUCCUUCAUUUCAGGAUCAGAUCGGAAAGAAGUCGGUGACUUUAACGGAGGAGGCAAACGGUGAAACAGUGAAGCUUUUUGGGGUUCCUCUGAGUGGAAAGAAGAGACUGCACCCAGAAAAGAUGGAUCAAAAAGAAGCACAGGAAUAGUAUGGGGUCUCCCCUGUUUAGCAUGUUUUUGAACAUUUUUGUAGAUAUAUUGAAAUGUAGCUCUCCUUAACGCAAUUAGUAGCCUUCUUUCUCUCUCUCUCUCUCUUCUUUUUCAAAAAAUGAAAAAAAAAAAAGUCU